AAAAUCUCAACUAAUCCCUCUACUUGUCGUUUAAGCAAGGAAUCAGAGAUUUGCACACAUCUGGGUUUUCCCAACAGUAAUCCGAGUGCUCUCUCAUGAAUAAAAUACCAUUUUCUGAUUAAUUAAUUGAUUUUUUUGGUACAAUUUAAUUCUGGGUGCCCUGAUUCUUUACUCUACUUCAUUCAACCCUGUCACCGUCGGCCCAAAGUUUUCCCCUAUCCUUGUUUGAUUGUUGAUUUCUUUUGGGAGCAUUUUUUUUUUAUUUUCAUCAUUUUGUCUAAACGUCUAUUAUUACUCUCUCACUAGUAAAAAAGGUGCUGAGAUAAAGGAGAAACAAAGUCAACCGAUUAGGCGCAAAAUUCCCAUCCGCAAGAGGUAAGGAUUUGAUUUGGGCUUGUAGUUGAUGGCGGAAUUGGUUGGUCCUCGACUCUACAGCUGCAGCAACUGCAGGAAUCAUGUCUGCUUUCAUGAUGAUGUUAUCUCUAAAGCUUUUCAGGGGAGAAAUGGAAGAGCUUUUCUCUUCUCUCAUGCAAUGAACAUAACCAUGGGGCCUAAAGAAGAUCGGCAGCUCAUGACCGGGCUCCACACGGUGGCCGAUAUCUACUGCUGCGAUUGUCGACAGGUGCUGGGUUGGAAGUAUGAGAGGGCUUAUGAGGAGACCCAGAAGUACAAAGAAGGUAAAUUCAUACUUGAGAAAUCGAAGAUCAUAAAGGAGAACUGGUAGUUAAAUUGGGUAAUGGAUGGUGUGUUAAUAUGACUGGUGUAAUUGAUUGUUAUUGUUCUUGUAUAUAUAACCGUUCGUUGAAUUUUUCGAACUUUUGCCUAUUAUGUGUUCUUAAUGUUUCGACAAUUUGUUCGAUAUGUUUGUGAAUAUGCACGUGAUAUGUUUGUGUUAUUGUGCUACUACUAUCGCCAAUUGUGUAUAAGAUGAAUGCAUUCAUGUUC